GCCUUAUAAAUAUAUAUAUAUGCCUGCCCAUCCAAAUCCAUAGAGAUGAACAACAUAUAUAGAACAACAAGAAGCAGUCCUAGUCUCACCAGUUAUCACUUCACCGCAGCCAAAGAUGGAAAGAUCCCACUACGUCGCCGUCGUCACCUUCGUGCUCCUCUUCUUGCUCCGUCACCUCUUGAUGAGGCGCAGGAAGCAGCAGCGGCUGCCGCCUGGGCCGCGCUUCGCGUUCCCCGUCCUCGGCCACCUCCCCUUGCUAAAGAAGCCGCUCCAGACCUCGCUCGCCGACCUCGUCGCGCGCUACGGCCCGGUCGUCCACCUGCGCUUCGCCAGCCGCGACGCCGUCGUGAUCGGCUCGGCGGAGGUGGCGAAGGAGUGCUUCUCCGGCGACCGCGACAUCGCGCUCGCCAACCGCCCGCACUUCCCGUCCGUUCGGGAAGUCUCCUUCGAUUACUCGGUGCCCACCGUCGCCAACUACGGCGCGCACUGGCGCACCAUGCGCCGAGUCGCCACCGUGCACCUCCUCUCGGCCCACCGCGUCAACAUCAUGUCCGACAACGUUAUCGCCCGCGAGUUGCGCGCCAUGGUGCGCCGCCUGGCCCUCGCCGCAUCGCGGGGCGCCGCCUCCAGGAUCGAGCUGAAGGGGAGGCUGUUCGAGCUCUCCCACAGCGUCCUCAUGGAGAUCAUCGCGCAGACCAGGAACACCUACUCCAACGACGCUGACGAGGACAUGUCGAAGGAGGCGCGAGAGAUGAAGGACAUCGUCGAAGAGAUCGUCCCGCUCGUUGGCGUGGCCAACCUCUGGGACUACAUUCCCCUGCUGCGUUGGCUCGAUGUGUACGGUGUGAAGAGGAAGCUCACGGACGCGGUUACCCGGAGGAACGCGUUCAUCUACACUAUGAUCAAUGCAGAGAGGCAGAAGCAGAAGCAGGUGGAACGCAAGGACGGCGAGGUCGACGCCAACGACUCCGACGAGAAGAAGAGCAUGAUCGGCGUCAUGCUGUCGCUGCAGAAAACAGAGCCUGCCGUCUACACGGACACUUUCAUCGCCGCUCUAGUAUUUAAUCUGCUCGGCGCCGGCACAGAGACGACCUCGACGACCACAGAAUGGGCAAUGGCCCUCCUGCUGAACCACCCAGAUGUCCUAAAAAAGGCGCAAGAAGAAAUUGACGCUCACGUCGGAGGGAGUCGUCUUCUUGACAAGAACGACCUACCCCAUCUGCCGUACCUCCACUGCAUCAUCAACGAGACUCUCCGGCUCUACCCUGCCGCGCCGAUGCUACUGCCGCACGAAUCGUCCACCGACUGCAAGAUCCACGGAUACGACGUCCCGGCAGGGUCCAUGGUGCUCGUCAACGCGUACGCCAUCCACAGGGACCCGUCGAUAUGGGAGGAGCCGGAGGUGUUCAGGCCGGAGAGGUUCGAGCACGGUGGUGCAGAGGGAAAGUUCAUGAUGCCAUUCGGGAUGGGGAGGCGCAAGUGUCCUGGGGAGAAUCUCGCCAUGCGAACCGUGGGGUUGGUUCUGGGGGUGCUGCUCCAGUGUUUCGAGUGGAGCAAGGUUGGAGACGGAGAGGUUGACAUGACAACAGUCUCUGGCACGAUCAUGUUUAAGGCUGUCCCUCUCGAAGCUCUCUGCAAGCCGCGGGCAAACAUGUCUGCUGUUAUUCAGAAAGCCUAGGUCGAAAUUGCGAAACUGUAUAUGCAGAAAUGUAUGGCACGGAGCUAUGUAAUGAUCAUAAUUUUUAGCAGUUCAUAUGUGGGGUGGAACACAUAUGAAGCUCUAUAGUUAUCAUAUUUGGAAGCAAACAACAGCUUUCAAAUUUUAUGGACACAUAUUAUAAUCAAAUCUAACGUAAAUUAAGUAAUCGAUA